CGGGUCACUUCGCUGGAUGCUCCUAGGCUCCCGGCUCGCCGCCAUCUUGUAUUGGGGCUUCAUUGUUCGUGCUGGGCCGGACAGAAUAGUGUAAUUGCCGCCGAAGAAGGAGGCGAAGUAACCUCCGGUCAGCCGAGAAACCCCAUUAUUCCGCAGCCAUAGCCGCUCAAACGAUUUGGGAGGCAGUAAAGGGUAGGGAGCUGGACCCAGAGGCGCCGCCGCGACAGCAGCAGCCAUGGAGGAUGAGAUGCCCAAGACUCUGAUUCUUGGCAGAAGAAUGAGAAAGAGAAACUUACAAGUAUAGGUGUUGAGAGGCUACAAUCUCUGAUUGCAGAAGUGAUAAAUCUCUAACAUAUCUAGAGAUAUGUUGGUAACCUUUCCAGAGAUGUGACAGAAGCUCUAAUUCUCCAGCUCUUUAGCCAGAUUGGACCUUGUAAAAACUGCAAAAUGAUUAUGGAUGUAAGGACAGCUGGAAAUGAUCCAUAUUGUUUUGUGGAGUUUUAUGAGCAUCGUCAUGCAGCUGCAGCACUAGCUGCUAUGAAUGGGCGGAAGAUAAUGGGUAAGGAAGUCAAAGUGAAUUGGGCAACAACCCCCAGCAGUCAAAAGAAAGAUACAAGCAGUAGUACCGUUGUCAGCACACAGCGUUCACAAGAUCAUUUCCAUGUCUUUGUUGGUGAUCUCAGUCCAGAAAUUACAACUGAAGAUAUAAAAGCUGCUUUUGCACCAUUUGGAAGAAUAUCAGAUGCCCGAGUGGUAAAAGACAUGGCAACAGGAAAGUCUAAGGGAUAUGGCUUUGUCUCCUUUUUCAACAAAUGGGAUGCAGAAAACGCCAUUCAACAGAUGGGUGGCCAGUGGCUUGGUGGAAGACAAAUCAGAACUAACUGGGCAACCCGAAAGCCUCCAGCUCCAAAGAGUACAUAUGAGUCAAACACCAAACAGCUAUCAUAUGAUGAGGUCGUAAAUCAGUCCAGUCCAAGCAACUGUACUGUAUACUGUGGAGGUGUCACUUCUGGGCUAACAGAACAACUAAUGCGUCAGACUUUUUCGCCAUUUGGACAAAUAAUGGAAAUUCGAGUCUUUCCAGAUAAAGGAUAUUCAUUUGUUCGGUUCAAUUCCCAUGAAAGUGCAGCACAUGCGAUUGUUUCUGUUAAUGGAACUACCAUUGAAGGUCAUGUUGUGAAAUGCUAUUGGGGCAAAGAAACUCUUGAUAUGAUAAAUCCCGUGCAACAGCAGAAUCAAAUCGGAUAUCCACAAGCUUACGGCCAGUGGGGCCAGUGGUAUGGAAACGCACAGCAAAUUGGCCAGUAUAUGCCUAACGGUUGGCAGGUACCAGCAUAUGGAAUGUAUGGCCAGGCAUGGAACCAGCAGGGAUUUAAUCAGACACAGUCUUCUGCACCGUGGAUGGGACCAAAUUAUGGAGUGCAGCCUCCUCCAGGACAGAAUGGCAGCAUGUUGCCUAAUCAGCCUGCAGGGUAUCGAGUGGCAGGGUAUGAAACCCAGUGAAAAAGGACUCCAGAAUCUAAAGCCAGUGGCUUGAGGCUACAGGGAGUAUAGUAAAGCCGUUGUUUACUUAAAGAUUAUCAAAUCAGUCAGUGCAAAUGUCAGAUACAAUGUAUUUAUUUAAAAGAUUCAUUUUUUUAAUCAUGAAAUUACUUAUCCAUGUUGUUUUAAAAAGAACAAGAUGCUGGAUGUCUGCCAAUUUUUGCCUUCAUUACCUUUUUUGAUAAAGUUUCUCAGAUCCUUGUUUCAAAUACAAAUGCAGGGAUUGCUGCCACUUUUUUAAAAUUAAGAGGCAGAAAAUUGCACAAUGUUGAACUUUUUUCCACUAAAGUAGUGUGCAGUUCUAGUUUGCAUUCCUAAUAUGAUUUCAAACAUGUAAUAUAAAGAUGUAACAAAAACAAAAACGAAAAACCAAAACUGUGCAGGGUCUAGAAGUUCUUUGUAAUCUUCAGCUUGUGCACAAUUGUAUUUUAGGGUUUUUUUAAAGGUAUUGUCUGAACUAUCCCAUCUUCACUGUUAAAAACUCCCUUUGGGGAUUUUUAAAUAUAAAUUAUUAGUUUACAUCAUUUUUGUAUCUACAUUUUUUCACAAAUUUGUCUUGCCUUAUUAAAGUUCUGUAAAAUAUACUUAAACGGAAAAAAAUUAUUUCACUUAGAUUGAAAACUUUUCUCAGAUGGAUUGAUAAUUGCAUUCAUCUUGUGUUUUAUAUGAGAAGGUGCCUCAAGAAUUCCCUGUUGACUUUGUUUAAAAGGACUUUUAUCUUCUGUGAUAAAUUUUGCUGUGUGCCAGGAAAUAUAAAAACAAAAACUUGUUACUAAAGAAAAUCUCUGAAAUGUGAUAAGUUCUUAUGAACCCGUGCUAAUUUCAUGUGUCAACUUCUACAUUUAUAUGUAUUAUUUCAUUAUGUAAAAUGUUUUAGCAAUUUAAUAUUUUGCACAGUUAGCAAACUUUGUAUGUCAUUUCCUUCUUAAAGGUAUCAUACCGAGUUGACAGGAGAUUUAGAAGGUUUUAAGUUUGCAUGUUAAUAUCAAAUACACACUUUGGUAGUUUUUAAAUACAAAGUCAUCUGCUCUUUGUUUUUCAAGAUUUUUGAGACAAAGUUGUAUGUAAAGGAAUAUAUUAAUUGCCAUUUUCUAGUUUAUAUUUACUCAGAAAGAGUAAAUCAACUUAAUUUUAAUAUGUACAAAGGAUAGCUGUGAAACUGUAGAAUAACCUUAUGUCAGGCUUGGGGUUCAUUGUGAACUCCAAAAUUAGCCUGAAGGACCAGCCGGGCAAAGCAUUUUUUAAAUGUUCAGAGGCCAAAAGAUAAACACAAAAAAAAAACCCUUAAAAUCCUACCUCCUUAAACAGCCUUCAAAGAGGAGACUCCUCAGUGCAAUCACUAUUUUGAUUCUUUUGGUACCUAUUUUCCUGGAGUUCCCAAUUUUACUAUUUUGGGAUGGCUCCAAGCAUUAAGAGGCUUAAUCUUUGAUGGCAUUGUUCUAGUUUUAAAUUUUCUAGUACAUUUCAGUGUCUCUUAGAAGAGUUAUGGGAAAUUUUGUUUUCUUUUCAGUGAAAGUCACAAACUCCCUUCUUCCUUGACUCAUAAAGGGGAAAGGGUCCCCAGUAUACAUAUUUGGACGGUCAUUUGUUUUUAAGACCUUCAGAGAGCUCCUAGCAUUUUAUUUAAAAAGAGAAAAGGCCUGUGAAAUCUUAGAGUUUCCUGGCCUGUAUCUUCCAAGUAGGAGCAAAUGACUCUAAACUGGUCUCUAAGCCAAUACUCCUAUAAACCAGAGCUCAGGAAGGACAACACAUAAGUAAAUAAUUCUCUGGAGCUCUAUUCUAUGCAGUUGUACUGAUGUUUCAUUAAGUCACUGUGUAUUUUUAAGUGUUGCUACAUUAAAAGUUGUUUUAUGGAAGAUGAGUAAAUUUUUUAACUACUUGGAAAUUUUAUUUCCUUGUUAACUUCUACAGAUCAGGGCAUGCAACCAAAAGCAGCUUAAAUGAGAUACUCAAAAAAAUAAAAUACCAGGAAGCUAUUUUUAGAUUCUUGUAGCUCAUGUUUCUAUUUUAGGACCCUCAUUUUUCUCUGAUUCAGAAAUAUUUUAUUUACCAUACAUCUUUGGACUGCAGGGUAAAUUAUUUGGCAUAAAUAAUUUAAACAAAAGUAUGGUUUUUCUUUCAUUUUGACUAUCUCAAAUAAUACCACUUUUUAUUAGCCAGUAUAUUUUCUUGCACAAAUCUGAAAAUGUACAUUGACUACUUUUUGAAAAGAAAGUGGUAUUUACUAUUCAUGAUGAAAAGGUUACUACUGAACAAAUUCGUAUUUCAGGAACAUUGCUAACUUUGAUUUUAAUCUUACUCUUAGUGUUAAAACAGAUCAUUUAAAGGUUUUCAGGCUAAACAUACUGGCAUUGGUAUCAGGUAAGGAAAUUCAGUUUUUAAAAUGGUUUCAUUAUCUGCGAUAUGCAUUCAGAUUUUACUUUAAAAUACAUCUGGUACUGUAAAGAACCUGAAGUGAUUCACACUUACUGGGUCAUUAAUCCAGUAUUCUUUGCCCUGACUGUUUGGAUAUUAAAGUUCCUUUAUCUUUUCUAUAACCUGUGGGAUCUUCUUGUAGUGAUUAUUGUGUGAGAGAUUUUUAUUUUUUCCUGGUCUAGCCAUUUCAUUCUAUUCAUUCAGAUAUUUUGUUGGAUUUUUAAAAAUCUUAUUCCAGAAACCAUGGUUUGUAUUGGGCUACUGUUUGAUACCACAAAGAAUUAGAAUUCUCUAGAUUUAACUCAUUGUGAAACCAGGAUCUUAUUUUCCUUGUUGAUAUUAUCUCCCUAUUGAAAAAUAAGAUUCGCAUCAUAGUUUUAUUCUUCUGUUUCGUCCCUAUGCUUGCUCAUCUUCCUUCUUGUAUGUGUGUGAGAGUUUCGUUACAUUUGACAAGGUAGUUGAUAGGAAUAGAUCGCAUAUACAAAGAGAGGUUUACUAAGCACUGUCGGGUGCUCUUGAGGUCACAGUUGAGUGGAAAAAAUAAAAUGUGUUUAUAGGAAAUAAAAAGGAAACCCUUUCAAUGAAAAA